GUCCUUUGUACUGACACGAUUUUCACGAUUUCACGACAGCCAACAUCACAGAUAUUUAUCACACAUCUUUUUUUACCUCUAGUUACGAAGAACUGCCAACACUCGUUGCAAACCCCCAACCUAACAUGAAUCCAGUUCAUGAUGCCUUCCGCCAGCUUGCUCCUAAUGAGCAUGACAUUGCGCCCUACUUCCACGGCUAUCUCGGAUCCCAUGUCUCAGUUUGGCCCGACUUUCGACAACUCCGUGGUUUAGUUGGUGCACCCUCAGCAAAUCCACGUCCAUUUAUCCGACUAGUUCAUCGUCGUGCUGGAUCUAUUCAAGGUGCUGCUGCUAGUCAGUUGUCAAUGGCGGCUCGUCGUGGACAACGUGUAUCCACACGUCUCCCGCUCGGACAAGACAGUGGCAUGGUUGUGAUGAACAGGCUCUCGGCCUAUGAAACAGGUCUUCUUGCUGACCUCUCCGGUGAGACAGGUGUAAGUGUCUGGGACUGGGACGGGCUUUUCGAAAGAUGUGACCACUGUGGAAGGUAUUUUGUUGCGACGGUACUUCGAAUGCAUAUCCCGCACUGUAGAGCGUGAAUAGCGGCCAUGAUAUAUAUCCUAUGUGUCAAUAAAAUUUUGAUGCAUCAUUCGAGGUGACGGGGGUCAUUGAAUGGCUGUACACGCAGUUUGAACGGUGAUUGCUCGUACCUUGAAGUGACGCGGCUUCUGAGAGCCGAAAUUUUUCGGACGAGUAACAGGGGACUGGUCACUCCUUC